AUUGUUGUGGAAAUUAUCUCAACUAACUGUGUACAAAUAUUUUAAGCGACCGGUUUGGGUACAAUCAAUUCGUUCACCUAAACUCAUUUCACUUCUACUUUGGCUUUGAAAUAAAGAAAACGCUUCGCAUUUAUAUUGGAGACACAUCGGUGUUUCAGUUAUAUUUGGAACUUUCUCGCCCUAAAUUUUUCGCUGAAAGGAUUAAGAAACGACUUAAUCCUCAAACAUUUGGUGACCUCGACAUGAUAUUAAAAUUUUCGCAUUUUAAUAUUUCGUGAUCGUUUGCCAAUUGGAAGUAAUCUCGGUUCGCAUAUUUGUAUGUACAACAGCUUUCGACAUACAUUUUCGUUGCCAUCGAGUGCAUCCAUAGGUUCAGUUAAUAGCGCACAUAAUAUAUCGCGGAUAUUUCUCAACCGAAACCACAAAUACUCGAUUCGUUUGCUUAAAAAUGUCAAAAAAAAGUCUAAAUCGGUCGACGAGAGCGUUAGUCUAGCGUGUGAUAUCGCGUUUUACAAAAAGGAAUGUAAUUCCCUUCAACGGCAGCUGGAUGCUCUCAAUACCUUUUUGACAAAUGAUCUCUUAAAAGGUUUGGAUGAAGCAGAUAUAUCGGCUCGGCUUAAGCAUGCGGAACGCAUGCAGUUAAACUUUGAGAAUGCUCGCUCAGCCCUAAAGCGACUGGACAGGAAGGAAUUCGAGUCGGAUUCGGACGAAAACUUUUGCAAGGCAUAUAUUGCGGUUGAAGCGAAACUCAAUCGUGAACUAAAGUCUAAGCAAAGGGCAUGUGGCGCUCACUCAUCGACUCUACGAACCUUCCCCUGGGAAGAAGCUGCGGUACAGCCUCCCCAACGACGGUCCAGGCUACCUGAGCUGAAAAUUCCAGUUUUUAGCGGCUCAUAUCUCGAUUGGCCAUCGUUCUUCAGUACACUUACUUCAGCAAUAGAUAAGGACAUGGAGAUGUCCAAAUUGGAAAAAAUGCAGUAUUUGAUCACCACCCUCGAUGGAGCAGCUUUAGAUACCAUCCGCUCACUUGAGCCCACGGAAGGAAAUUAUAGCAAAGCAUUAGAUUUAUUAAAAGGACGUUUUGAUAACAAAUUGCUUAUUUUUCAGGCUCACAUAAAGGCAAUUUUCGGGCUACAAGGUGUAGAGGUGGGCAUUUCAGGCGGAUUACGAAAAUUAAGCGAUCAAGUAAACGCGCAUCUUCGGGCAUUGCAAACUUUGGCAACUACGGAAGAAAUCUAUAAUGGUUUACUCAUUCAUCUCGUGACGAGCAAACUAGAUCUACACACGCACGAAAAAUGGGAGGAGAACUUGUCUGCUCAAAAAUUACCGACCUGGCUAGAGAUGUCAACGUUUUUGGAAAAAAGAUGUCGCAUGGCUGAAAAUUUGGAAAAUGCUAUGGUCAAUCAGACACCUAGCAAACAGGAAGCAAAAAGAUUUCACUUGUGCUUGAAUUGACUUCGUAAGGGCUACACUGUCAAGCAGUGCAAAUCGGGCAACUGCAGGCAUUGCCAAGCAAAACAUAAUUCGUUGUUGCAUAUAAAUGGUAGUCAAGACAGUGCACCGACAUCAAGCUCGCCCACAGCUGUCACAAACAGCCAAUCAUUAGCUCAACAGUCAACUUUAGUUACGUCAUUAGUUGCCGGCCCUACACCUAUCGUGUUGAAAAAUCGUUCCAACAAUUGUGUGCUAUUAGCGACGGCCAUCGUUUUAGUUAAAAAUCGUGCAGGUACACUAGUUCCAUGUCGAGCCAUUUUAGACUCCGCACCUCAACUUAAUUUCAUUGCAACUCGACUUGCGAAUCAGCUUCAACUUCGUUCCUGUCACUCACCAGUUUCAAUAUCUGGUAUCGGAGAAGCGAGUAUCAUUGCCGAUAGGUGUGUUGACAUCUUUGCUCAAGCGAAAGAUGGCAGCUUCUCAACAUCGUUUGCAGCACUAAAUCACACGAAGCAUAACCGACUAUCAGCCAAACUUUGAUAUCAAAGUCGACGGCUAGAACAUACCCAAUAACAUUAAACUGGCUGAUCCCACAUUUUUCAAGGCAAGUCGCAUUGACCUUUUGAUUGGAGCUGAACUUUUCUAUGACCUAAUUUGCACUGGGCAAGUUAGGAUACCUGACCACCUUCCUACGCUACAAAAAAUUAAGUUGGGCUGGGUGGUUUCAGGAGGCGUAUCGCACUUCAGUAGUCGCUCCACAACUCUUUCGUCCUUCAGAAAUCCAAAGCCACUAGGAGAUAGUAAUGACAUACUGGCAAGCAUUGUCACGCGCUUUUGGGAGGUCGAAAAUAGAUUCGCCGCAACCCCUAACCCAACCUUGUCAGAUGAAGACGUUUUCUGCGAGAAGCAUUUCGUACAAAAUCUCGUUCGUCUGCCAUCAGGAGCGUAUUCAGUAAGGCUACCUCC